GAGUUAGUUACAUGGAAAUGUGACUGUAGAAAAACAGAGAGGGCUAAUAUUCAGAAAUAAGGGGGGGAAAGAAAGACCAAGAGAAUAUAAAGUGGAUUAUCAGAAAAUGUGUGUGUGUGAGAGAGAGAGUUAGUUACAUGAAAAGGGGAAACAAGGAAGAAGGAGAGAGGAAAAUAAAGUGGACAAAAAGAGAGAGUUGUAAAACAGCAAGAAAGGAAAAUGCUGCUCUCUGACCAAAUGGCAGGGAGAGAAAAUGAAGACAAUUAUUACAAAGUGUGUGAGAGUGUUUAAAAAAGCAAGAAAGAUAAAAACACCUCACCCCAAGGGCGGUCACUAAUCAAAUGCCAGUAAUUCCAGGACAGCAGCCUCAGACAAGCGAGGCUCAAGGCUGAGCCAAUUAGAAGAUAUUAUUUCCAUGUAUCAUAGAAUAUUAAAAUGAAUGCAUUUCCCUGAACCAAUCAUAAUGGGCCAUAAUGGUGGGGCAUGGCUAUUCUCUAUUGCACUGUUUAAAUCACUUUUGUUGAGCCAGUCAGGAAUGGCCUCCUGAGGACUGGAUCAUUUGGAAAACUCCAAGCAAGGGAAUUUAAACUGGGAACCUGUAGGUUCCAAUCAUGGCCUAUUACAAGAUGCCUACAGAUGCCAAGAAGCUCAAAUUGCCUCUGGGAGCACCUGCAUGUGUUCAGAAGAGACAACCUGCCUACACUUAUUUCCCUGAAGAGGCAUCACCAAUACUGAACCCCGCGUUCUAUCCAGAAAUCGAACCAAAGAACCAGGGAGACUCUAUGGGGCCAUCACCUGUUGUAAAUAAGGCAAAAAAUGUAAAAGUACGUCAAGAUAGGAUGCAGAGGCAUUUGUUGCUGACUAUGAUGCAGGCAGAUUUAAGGUCUGAGAAGAGCCUGUAUACAUGGUGGUGGCCAUGGUAUCGUUGGAGGAUGGUGAGGCCAACAGUCAGGCAGUAACUGACGAUUGCUUGUCAAAUGGCAAUAUCAUCAUGAUACCCUGGCUGUAAUCCUGUAUGAUUCCAGCUUAGUUAUGUAGCGAGUUGCCAUCAGAAGCAGAGCAAUCUGAGCCAGAAUUGCAAGAUGAGGUUGUGCCAUUCCCUUGAGAGACGGGGAAAGGAAAUGGCUGGAGUGGAGCUGGUGACCUUUGAGGAUGUGGCUGUGUAUUUCACGAAGGAAGAAUGGGCUUUGCUGGACCUGGGUCAGAGAGCCCUGUACAGGGACGUCAUGCAGGAGAAUUAUGAGACUGUGACCUCGCUGGCAAAACCUGACAUGAUCUCCCAGCUGGAACAAGGGGAGGAGCCGUGGGUCCCUGAUCUCCAGGGGUAUGAGGAAGGGGAGAUCCUGAGGAAUGGCCACACAGAAGGUGAUGGCAUGAUGAGUGAGAAUGAGGAAGAGAAUCCUCAGCAGGAAGGUCCUGAGCAAGUGGAUCUACAUGGGAUGGUAUCUGGAAGAGCUGAAAAGGAGGUUUCCCAGAAUCCUGAGGAGCCAGACAUCCGUGAGAGCCAGCACAGGCCAGAGAGGCAGCAGGAAAACCACUCAGGGGAGAGACAGGCUAAAUCCACUCUCAGAAGCAGACGGGUCAAGAAAAUCAGAGGAACUGUUGGACAGAGAAACCCCACUAUAGAGAGACCCUACACUUGUGGGGAUUGUGGGAAAAGCUUCCAUUGGAAAUCAGUCCUUAUUAUUCACCAGAGAAUCCACACAGGAGAGAGACCCUAUAAGUGUGUGCACUGUGGGAAAAGCUUCAGACAGAGUUCAGCCCUUAUUACACAUCAUACAAUCCACACAGGAGAGAAGCCCUAUAAUUGCCCUGACUGUGGGAAAAGCUUCAAUUGCAGCUCAACCCUUAUUCAACAUCAUAGAAUCCACACGGGAGAGAAACCCUACAAAUGCAGUGAGUGCGGGAAAAGAUUCAGUGUGAGUUCUCACCUUCUGUCACAUCAGAGAACCCACACAGGAGAGAAACCUUAUGAAUGUUCCAAGUGCAGGAGGAGUUUCAGUCAAAGUUCACAGCUUCUAUCACAUCAAAGAACCCACACAGGAGACAGACCCUAUGAGUGCCCUGUGUGUGGAAAAAACUUCAGUAGGAGCUCAACUCUUAUUACUCACCAGAGAAUCCACACAGGAGAGAAACCCUACAAAUGCAAUGAGUGUGGGAAAAGCUUCAGUGUGAGCUCACACCUGCUAUCGCAUCAGAGAACCCACACAGGAGAGAGACCCUAUGAAUGCCUCCAGUGUGGGAAAAGCUUCAGUCAGAGCUCACACCUUAUUAGACAUCAGAGAAUCCACACAGGAGAGAAACCUUAUAAUUGCCCGAACUGCGGGAAACGCUUCAGUCACAGCUCAUCCCUUAUUAAACAUCAGAGAAUCCACACAGGAAAGUAAUGAUAUAACUACCUCAACUGUGGGAAAAACUUCAGAGUUCAGAUUUCACUAAUCACCGGAGAAUCAACAUGGGGGAGACACUGCAAAUGCAGUGAGUGUGGGAAAAGAUUCAGUCAAAGCUCACAGCUUCUAUCCCAUCAGGGAACCCAUACGAAAAAAGAGACCCUAGGAAUGCCUUUAGUGCAGGAAAAGCUUCAGAGAAAAGCUUAUUAUUCACCAAAGAAUCUCACGGGGGAGAAACUCUUUCAAUGUCCCGAGUGUGGGAAAAGUUUCAGAACAACUCAGCCCUUACUACACAAUAGAGAAUCCACAGUGGAGAGAGACCCUACAAGUGUAUGGACUGUGGGAAAAGCUUCAGUCAGAGCUCAGCCCUUAUUACACAUCAUACAGUCCACACAGGAGAGAAGCCCUAUAUCUUCUCUGACUGAAGGAAAAUCUUCAGUUGAAGCUCAACUCUUAGUCAACAGCAGAAAAUCUUAAUAGGAGAGAAACCCUGUGAAUGAAAGGAGUGUGGGAAAACCUUCCAUGUGAGCUCACAUCUUCUAUCACAUCAGAGAAACCACAGGGAAGAGAGACCCUAUAAGUGGCCCAACUGUGGGAAAUGCUUCUGGCAGAGCCUAAACCUCAUAAGAAAUUCCACAUAGGACACGCAUCAUAGAAAUGUCCUGGUUAGGGAUGAUCUUUUCCAAUUCCCAUGAAUUUCAGAGCGUCAGGCUAGGCUGGAAUAGCCAUGUAGUGAGGAUAUGCAAUGGGUAGUUAUUAAAACAGAAAAAUGAAAUCACUUUCUUGGGACAGAGUUGUACAGAGCAAGAGGCUAGGAUGGGAUUAGAUUGUAACUUCUUGAGAAGCUCUGAACACUGAUCAUGCUCCAUUCAGGUGUUAUACAUCUAGAAUAACCUUUAUAUUAUAUGCUAUAACUUCUCAUUUAUUCUUGAUAGUGUUUUAGGCCCAAAUCCACCAUGGGAUUUAUGCAUUGUGACACUCAGAUAAUUAUAAUGCCUACCUUUUAGGUUGUUCACAGGAACAACACUGGGAUCCACAAAGCCCGAAUUAAAUAUCCAGGCUCCCUUUAAAAUGAAGGGGAAGAGAAUUAAUCUUAGAAUGUGAUUCACAAAAGCCUUUGCACUAGGUGGGGAGCUCCCUAAGCUAAUCAGUAGGAGAUGUCAAUGAGAAGGGUAUGUCCUAAGCCCUGCCCAUCUCACGGAGAUAGGCACCUAUCUCUGUUUCUAUUUAUGAACUGGGGAAGUUAGACACUCCUCUGCUGAUGGCAUCCAAGCCAGUUGGUGUGUUCAGAGGCUGCCUACCUCCACACAAAACAGCUGUGGUGGGAAAAGAGGAUCUCUCUCAUAACCGUUAGCCCCAUCAUUAGGGCACUUGCCCAGGAUGUGGGAGACCUCCCCAACUUCAAGUCCCCCCUCCAUCUGAUGAAACAAAGGGAUUUGAGCAGGUAUCUGUCACCUCUCAUGUGAGUGCCCUGGCCAUGAAACUAUGGGUUAGUCUGAUACAGAGAUCCCUCAGUAUCUCCUUAUGAAACAGUUCCACUGGAUAUACAUUUUCAGAAAUGCUCCCAGUUCCAUGUGCAGAGCCAGGUAGGCAGGCAGAGCUUCAGAGUCUCAAUGCGUGGAUGAGACGAUGGUGUAGA